ACGAUGCGUUGACUGAGCGGAGGAGGAGAAGAAGAAAACCUCUCCCAGCCAGCCGUCCUGCCCGCUGCAUGGAGGAGAAGCAGUGGAGGAAGAGGAGCAGAGAGGAGCUGUGUCACUGUGCCGCGCUGACCUCCAUCCUGAUGAUCUUCAGUCUCCUCCUCCUGCUCUGACUCAACACCACCUCCCCUCUCUCUGCCUCCCCCUGCUCUGACCUCUGACAUCCCUGUUUCCUCCACAACGACAUGGAUCUGAAACGUUUUGGAGGCGAUAUCUGCAGGAUCCCUGACACUUAAACGCUCUGAACUCUGGCUGGUCAGGAUCACCGGCUGGUCUGAACCCUCAGUCGCUUCCUGUCCCGUCCUCCUCUGGACCGACGGCGUCCAACAUGUCAGAGGGGCUGCUGCAGGUGGAGAUCCCGGACUUCGGCAGCAGCGUGCUGGGAAGCCUGAACGAGCAGCGCCUGCUUGGUCACUACUGCGACGUCUCCAUCCUGGUGCAGGGUCAGGCCUUCAAGGCGCACCGGGCCGUCCUCGCCGCCUCCUCGCUGUACUUCAGAGACCUGUUCAGCUCUGCAGCUGACUCUUCCUCUUCGUCCUCUUCCUCGUCCUCCCAGGCGGUGUUCGAGCUGCCGUCCUCGGUGACGCCGACGUGUUUCCAGCAGAUUCUGUCCUUCUGUUACACGGGCCGCCUCAGCAUGGCCGUCAGCGAACAGCUGGUGCUCAUGUACACCGCCGGGUACCUGCAGAUCCAGAACAUCGUGGAGCGAGGCAUGGAGCUGAUGAUGAUGAAGGCCUCCUCCUCCUCUUCGCCUCUGUGCUGCGACUCUCAGACAACCUCAGCAGACGAGCUCGGGGGUUUCGACACCCCGACGGCCCAGCAGCAGCAGCAGCAGCACAGCGGCCCCCAGCUGCAGCAGGCCAGUCCAGACCAGCCGUCCCUGAGCCCAGAGGAGCUGCUGCUGGCCGUCAGCCGGAUCAAACAGGAGCGAGCCGACACUCCUCCUGCUGAGGAGAACGGAGGAGGAGGAGCAGCAGCAGGAGAGGAGGCCAGAGUGGACAUUGUAGGGGACCUCCAGUCCUCCAGGAGCAGCGCUCUGUGUUACCUGGGCUCAGGUGGAAGCUUGGUGUCGGGGCUGCAGUCCUACCUGCUGGCAGGCGGGGGGCGGUCCAGUCCAGGAGGCUCCAGCCUUCCCACAGACUCCCCUCCCUCUCAUCCCCACACCGAGGAGGAGCUGGAGGAGGAUUACUACGGGAACGCCGUGCACCCUGGACUAUACCAACACAUCUAUGGACAUCCCGGAAACCCCUACAUCCAAGAAAAGAUGGAGAUGCUGUCCCUCCCGCUGGCUAACGAGCGCCGGCCCUGCGUACUGGUUGGUCGGGACAACAUGGCCCUCCCUGCUAGCCUGAUUAGUCAAAUCGGGUACCGCUGCCACCCGUCGCUCUACACCGAGGGAGACCCGGGAGAGAAGGUGGAGCUGGUGGCAGGUUCAGGUGUGUUCAUGACACGGGGUCAACUGAUGAACUGUCACCUCUGUGCCGGGGUCAAACACAAGGUGCUGCUCAGGAGACUGCUGGCUACGUUCUUUGACAGAAACACUCUGGCCAAUAGCUGUGGGACAGGAAUCCGCUCCUCCACCAAUGAUCCGAGCCGAAAGCCGCUGGACAACCGAGUGUUAAACACCGUGAAACUGUACUGUCAGAACUUUGCUCCUAACUUUAAGGAGAGUGAGAUGAACGUCAUCGCGGCCGACAUGUGCACCAACGCCCGCAGAGUCCGGAAACGUUGGCUCCCAAAGAUCCAGUCUCUCCUCCCCGACAGCCUCCCCGCCUCCGGCUCCUCCCACCCCCGCAAGGGUAAGAGGGGAGGAGGAGGCUCAGGAGGAGGGGGAGGUCAGGGAGGAGAAGCGCAGCACAGCGGCAGCCCCUUUGAGCUGGACCUGCGGCAGCUCAGCGCCUCCUACCUCGGCCUGGAGGCUCCGCUGUACGCUGAACGCCGCGAGAGGGAGGCGGCGGGGGAGAGAGAGAGGGAGAAGGAGGCGCCAGCCGCCCUCCUGCCUCACCUGCAGUUCGCUGGGUCCCGUGGGGGAGCAGGAGGAGGGGGCGGGGGGCAGGCGGAGGAGGGGCUGAUGGGAGGCGAGGCAGACGGGGGAGGGAGGCUACAGACUGAACAACCCCCAGACCUCCCCCUCUCCCUGUCCUCCUCCUCUUCCUCCUCUUCUUCCUCCGCCUCCUCCUCACAUCCCUCCCCCCAGCCCGCAGAGCCCGCCCCUCCUCACAGGGGAUUGGCCGACACGGAUGAGAGGGGGGAGGAGCCCCUGGAAGACAGCCAAUAAGCUUUCUAUCGCAUCUGCCUACCUGUGUAUAUAAAUAAUACAAUAGCUACCUGUCCCCCCACCUG